AUGACACUUCAAAAACAAAAUAUAAUAAGACUAUAUAUUCAUCGAUUAAUUAGAUCAAUCAUACCUUCAGAAUUAGGAGAUGAAUAUAUUCAAAGUAUAGCUAAUGAAUUAUAUCAAUUAUUAAUAAAUUCAAAUAAACAAGAUGAAGAUAUAUCAAUUAUCAUUAAUAAAUUUAAAACCUAUUUUCUAAGUAAUUCAAAAAAGACAGAAUGGAAUGAAUUUCAAAAUUUAAUUAAUUCAUUAAGUAAAUUUAAGUCAUUGGAUCAAAUUUCAAAUUAUUUGAUAUUUUUGGAUACAUUAAUGGGUAAUACUACAGUACCAAAUAUGACUACUCCAACCACUUCAACAUUUGAAUCAACAAUAUCCAAUAAUAAGACAUUAUCACAAUUAAUAGAACCAUAUUAUGAAACAUUACCAGAAGAAACAAUUUUAACUUAUUUACCAUAUACUUUAAUGGGUAUGGAUUCAAAAUUAUUUGAAUUUUCCAAAAAUUCUAGAUCAAUUGAGAUUCCUAAAACAAUAAACAAUAGUUAUAGUUCAUUGCUUAAAUUGAUAUUUGAGUAUUCUUUAUUAUAUAAACAAUUAUCAUUAUGUGUUGAAUUAAAUAAAGGGAAAUUGAAAUCUGCUAUCAAAUCAGCUUAUAUUGCAUUAAUUGAGGAGGAAUUGAAAAUAUAUGCACUGGAUAUUAAUCAGAUAUUUAUAAAUAAGCCACCGACUAUACUAUCAGUUUAUAAGUCAAUUUUUGACUGGAUUCUCAAAUUAAGACUUUUAUAUCGACUAUCAUUGAAAAUGAGUGUAUUGGAUGGAUAUAAUUUUUUAACGUUUGUUUACAAGUUUACGAAAUUUGGUGAUGAUUCGAUAAGAAGUAUAGCAACAAAGACAUUUUACGAAAUAGUAAAACCAUAUUACAAUAUCCUAGAAUUAUGGUUAAUAAAAGGUGAAUUAAUGGAUCAAAACGAAGAAUUUUUUAUAUCGUUUGAUGUUAACGAAGAAGAAUUCAAUAAAAUAAUCAAAUUUCAUUCACAAAAAGUACCAAGCUUUAUACAAUCAUCAGACAAGAUAUUUCAAAUCGGUAAAACUUUGAUCUUUUUAAAUAAGUAUUGCAAAGAAUUAAAAUGGAUAAACGAUUAUAAUUUGAAACACUCAUCAAAGAUUUUUUCACAGAAUGACGGACUAGCGUCUUUGGAGAUUGAUGAAAUACUCGAAUUGAUAGAUGAACAAUAUAAGGAUCUAAUAAACCAUUUAACAUACUUAUUACAUCUGAAAUAUAAAUUUUAUAAUCAUUUAAUUAAUUUCAAGAAGUUUUACUUUAUGGAAGUUAAUGAAUUUAUAGAGGCAUUAAUUACAAAGGGAGAUACAAUUUUCAAUGAAAAAGCUAUAGACAUUUCAUCAAGUCAUUUACAUAAAAUACUAUAUGAGGCAGUUCAAAUAUCAUCAAUCAAAAAAUUACCCCUUGAAGAUUUAAAUAGAAUAGACACAAAAAUUUUCAACUCCAGUUCAAACACAUUUGGUUGGGAAUCCUUUUUAAUUGAUUAUAAAAUUGAUGAUUUACCUAUUUACUACCUUUUCAAAGAUCAAUUAGUUCAAUAUUUAAAAAUAUUUCAUUUCUUUUGGAAAAUACGACAUCUUCAAAUAUUAUUUAAUUCAAAUUAUGAAAAUUAUAUGUCAUUAGGUUUGCAAGUUAAAAAAAUUGGUAAAAAUGGAGAUUUGCAAAGAGACUAUCCACAAUUGAUAAACUCAAUAGAUCAAAUUAAUAUUAUACGGAAUCAUUUUGUUAAAUUUUUACAGGAUAUUGUCUCAUAUUUAUCAUAUGAAGUUAUAGAGGAAUCAUUUGAUGAAAAUAUAGAGAAGAAAUUUUAUUAUAACAAUGACAAAUCCACUUUACAAUUAGACAGACUGUUUUUACCAAAUUUUGAACAACCAAAUACAUUAACGGAAGAAUCAGAGACCAUAAAAAAAGUAAAUAAAUUUACAAUAGAUGAGUUAAUAACAAUCCACGGAACAUAUUUAAACAAAAUAGUCAAGACAAAAUUAUUUAAUGAAUCUUCAUUAGGUAAAAGAUCUCAAAUAAGUUUUAUAACUCAAAUUCAUGAUUUUUUGCAAAUUUUUUAUAAUUUUAUAAAUUUAAAUCAAGAAUAUUUAGGAGUGUUAGAAGAUUUUUUUUUUAUUUAUCAACACAAUCUAACAUCCACAACCACUUCAAAUAUUGAAAAUGAAUUAGAUGAAAUUUUAUUUACUUUAGAUAGAAUUUAUAAAAAAUUAAAAAAUGAAAUUUUUGAAAAUGAAUUUAAACAAUUGUUGAUUGAUUUUAAAGAAGAUAUGAAAUUGGAAAAUGAUUUAAAAGAAUUUGGUGCUUGUUUGUAA